AUGGGAGAGUUCAUGAAUGGCUCUCGCGCUUCCACGCGAGUGGAACUCAAAGAUGGCUGGAUGCUCAAGCAAGCGGGCGAUGAAUCCGAAAAUGCCUGGCUACCAGUUCAAGCGGUGCCCACAGAUGUUUAUAGAGAGCUCUUGGCAAACAAGAAGAUCGCGGAUCCCUUCGAGGACUUAAACGAACUCUCGGUUAGAUGGGUUGCGGAUCAAGACUGGGUGUACAAAAAGCACUUCGGAGUCGAUCUCCAGGCCGUGAGCCCAGGGGCUAGGUUGGACCUCGUCUUUGAAGGCCUAGACACAUUUGCCACAGUCUACUUGAACGGAAAAGAGAUACUCACGUCGGAAAACAUGUUCUUGUCCCAUCGUGUCAACGUCAAUGAUCACUGCAGAAGCGACAAUGUCCUCGAGAUUGUUUUCGAUUCUGCCCGGCUCCGAGGCCAGAAACUACUUGAAGAACACAGCCAUGAGCAUCGGUUCAUUGCACGCCAGACUGAAGACGGUAGAAUUCCCGUACGUAAAGCGCAGUACCACUGGGGCUGGGACUGGGGUCCAAUAUUGGUCGGUACGUCCGGCCCGUGGAAACCGGUAUACAUCGACUGCUACGUGGCACGGAUUGACGACAUCUGGGUCGAAAGCCAGUUCAGCGACGACUUGAAAGAUUGUUCCGGGUACAUACAUGGCAAUACCGCAGGCGAUUUGAACGGCGCUAAGGUAUCUAUAAGCCUGACAUAUGGGGGCGAGCAAGUGUUUCGAACGGAAUGUGUUGUUGGCACAGAUGGGUCCAUCAAAUGCCCAUUUGCUAUCUCAUCCGUGAAGCUUUGGUGGCCUCAGCCGUAUGGUGCCCCGCUACGUUACAGACUCGAUGCGGCUCUUUACCGAGACGGAACGGUUGUGGAUGAGAAGUCCAAGAUGAUUGGUUUUCGAAAGGUUGAAUUGGUGCAGACGCCAGAUGCUUCCGGAAAGUCAUUUUACUUCCGUAUCAACGGGACCGACAUCUUCGCUGGUGGAUCGUGCUGGAUCCCUGGCUCGAGUUACCUGUCAGAACUGUCUAAGGAAAAGUACUACGACUGGAUCGAGCUACUUCAAAGAGGUAACCAGAACAUGGUCCGAGUCUGGGGUGGUGGAAUUUACGAGGAUGAUGCGUUUUACGACGCCUGCGACGAACUUGGCGUACUUGUCUGGCAAGACUUCUGCUUUGCCUGUGGCAACUACCCAGCGUAUCCUUCCUUCAUGCGAUCGUUCGAGCUUGAAGCUCGCCAGAACAUUCAACGUCUGAGAAGCCACCCUUCUCUCGUGAUAUGGGCUGGGAGUAACGAGGAUUAUCAGGUUCAAGAGAGAUACAAGCUGCACUAUGACUACUCGGACAAGGACCCACAAUCUUGGUUGAAGUCCAACUUCCCCGCCAGGUACUAUUACGAAUAUCUUCUGCCCAAGGUUGUUCAGGAAGAGCAUCCGGGGGCGGCAUAUCAUCCGACAAGUCCCUGGGGUGACGGCAAAGAUACAGCCGAUCCGACAGUGGGGGAUAUACACCAGUGGAACAUAUGGCAUGGGACGAUGGAGAAGUACCAAUAUGCAGACAGCCUCGGUGGUCGGUUCGUCAGCGAGUUUGGUAUGGAAGCAUAUCCUCAUUUGGAGACCAUCCUGUCGGCUGUUACCAAACCUGAACAACAAUACCCAGGUUCAAUGACGAUGGACUUCCACAACAAAGCUAUUGGUCACGAAAGACGUCUGGUCAGCUACGUAGCCGAGAACUUCCAGCUCAAGACCGACCUUCCGUCCUUUACACACCUGACUCAGAUGGUCCAGGCAGAAGCAAUGUCAUACGCUUACAAGCAUUGGCGGAGAGCUUGGGGCACACAUACAGGAACCCAAGGCCAACCGAUAGAGCGCAAGUGCGGCGGCAUCUUGGUCUGGCAAUUCAAUGAUUGCUGGCCUACUAUGUCAUGGGCUAUUGUCGACUAUUAUGGUAUAAGAAAGCCAGCAUACUACUCUAUCUCGAGGGCGUUGAAACCGAUUACCAUAGCUGUCUCGCGGACCGUUCGAGACUGGUCAAAGAAGAAGAUGAAUGAGAUGCUAGAGCUGGGCCAAGUUGACCCUACCACGGAGGCUAGAGAAGGCACUGUUUACAACGUAUGGAUUGCCAACAGCACGGGUGUUGUAGCUGCCAGUGAGGUCAGAGUCGAAGUACGCUUUGUCUCGAUCAAAACAGGAAGCAGCGUGUUGCCUACUCAAGGCCGUACGGUUCAAAUGGACACAAACUCGACCACAGACGUGUGGAAGGAUCAGGUCGGACCCCUGAAUGCGGACCUUUGCGAUCCGACGAAACCAUUCGACCUGGACAAAUAUGACCCUUACGUUAUCCACGCCACCUUGUAUCUCCAGGGUAUAAGAACCUCAACAGACACAGCAUGGCCAGAACCUUUCAAGUUUCUCGAUUUCGCGGAUCGAGGACUGAAGUUCAAAAAGUCGGGAGACAAGGCUACCCAGGUGAUCAUUACCGCAGAUAAACCAGUAAAAGGGCUUGUAUUCGAGGAGACGAGAGUCAUGAGACUGAACGACAACAAUUUCGACAUCGUUCCAGGAGAAGAUGUCCUUGUGGAGGUGGAAGGGGUGCCGCUUAAUGAGUUGCGCUACACCUACGUUGGCGCGCCUGUUGGAUCGAUCAAGAUUGAUUUCACUUAG